CUGUAAGAUGAACAUAUACCAUUAAGGUGGAGAGUAGUUACAGAAAGAAUAUCAACAGUCUUUUCGGACUAGUAAUUCAGGCACAUGAGAAGAUGUAGGCAUGUAGUUAUACAAUAAGUAAUGGGGGGAUCAGAAUAACACGGAUUGUUACAAUACUUAUUCCAGAUUCUUGCGCACUACAAAAUUAAUAUAUUAUGGUAACAUCCCGUAAAUUCCGUCCUAAACACUUUUUCUAUACCAAGAGCAUCAGUUAUUCGAUUUUUUUUCAUUUUGAACUAAAGUGACAUUUACUAAAGAAUGGGAAACGAAACAGAUAAAUAUCGCUGUUCAACAACACAACAACAACAUAAUUUAUCAGUUGAGGAAGUAUAUGACAAAGAGGAAUUAUCCACGAAAUUAGUAGUCAAGGAUCACAAUGCGGACGUGUAUAGAGUUUUUCAUUCACGUGAAGAGUUUUGGGAGUUUAACGAUGGCAUAGCAGAACACUUAAGAUCCUUUUCCGAAGUAGUAUAUGGGGAUUUACCGCAAUUUCCUAGAAUACACGUAGAGUUUGGUUCGCUCAAUAAGCUUCCUGGAACGAAAAUAGUUAACUUACUAAGACCAAUUCUUGAUGGGAUGCUAGAAGUGAUUCGCACUAGAUAUAGUGGAAAAUCGGCCGUGCCUAACUCACUGAAAGAUUUUGUCAUCAUGGAUGAAUAUGGUCAGAAUAGACAUGGUUACUGGACAAACGAUUUUCACAUACAAGCCACUUCAUUUGCGUUUACAGACUAUAAAGAGGCUAAGGAAUUCACUCGUCGUGUCCGUUCAAGUUUGCCUGUAGAGGUCGGACGAUUUAUUAGUCUGCAAUACAAUGACCCUAUUCAGCUAGUUCCCAUACUUGGUUCUACAUGCCCUAAAGAAUCCUUACACAAGAAGAUUUCCCGUUUUAGUCAAUUCUUAGGAACAAGCGUUGAUAUUCACAAGAACGAAUUAUUUGUUAAAAAGUUUCCGGACUUGGAUUACAUUGUCCCUUCUACCCCAGUAGCUGACAGUAACACAAAAAAUAAUUGCGACCAACCUAAUUCACCUGAUACGCAUGAAAACACGAACAUUAAAGAUCCUCACAGUGUAGUUUGUUGCCAUGAAAAUGGCUUUGAUAUCAAACAACUAACUCCUUCAUCUGUGGAACAAGAAUUACAAAAUAAAAGUCUUCGAGACGAUGAGCAGCCAGACAAUACAUAUUCCAGUGAGACUCCAAGGGAAGGUUCUAUGAUAACGUUGUCAACAAAGAAGAAUCCGCCUCCGGUUAACAAGCAAUACGCAAUUGCGAUAAACUGUUUAGUUCUGUUUUUCUUUGUUAUGAAUAAGAUCAAACAAGGUAGCAGAGAAAUGCAGGGUGGAACACAUGGCACUAAAGAAAGGGCAUUACGAAAGGGGCAACGGGAUCGACUUCAGCAUAAUAGAAGUGCAAAAAAUGGGAAGGGUCGUGGUCGUAGAAAUAGUUGUUAUUGGAAACGUUGGAGAAUUCAUGAUAAUCUAUACAUUCGACCUGAAGACAGUCCUCACAAAAACGAAAUGAUCAACUGGGAAACAAUUGUAGUUUCUAUGAUUGCACUUGAUCGUGGUGUUAUAUAUAUGCGGAGUACUAGCGAAACAAGAUCAUAUGGAUGCGUUCCUCACAAGGUCAUAGCAAUUACACUGCUGUGCCAAUCAUACCAAUUCAAUCCACCAUGAAAAAGAUGCCAACAGAUACAUAAAACACAUGCUCUGGUUAUGAGUUCUUCUAGGUCGAUAAAGUUGCAGUAACUAUUGAUGCAAAUAACUAGUGUUGGCUCAAUAAAUAGGGGUGGUAUCGAAUAACCAAAAAAUGGGGGAGAAUCUUUUACACAAAAAAUAGGGGGUUUUUGUGUCUACAACGAAAAAGAAUAUAUUUUUUGUUUCAGUGAAACUAGGCAAAGCCUGGAUAAUUGAUUGCUAUGUCUAACAUACUUAGUAUAUAUUCUGAACAACGAAUGUGGAGUUUGUUAUAACGAAUAUUGGUAACAUCAG